AUGGAGGUUGAACGGAGCAACGAAGCGUCUGGAUCAAAAGAAGGGAAAAUUACCUCUGCAGAGGCAAAAACACAGACGAUAGGCUGGCAGUCCUUGCUCACUUUCACCAUCCUUUCUUUAGCAUGGCUGGUGGGUUUUGCGAGCCGGCUUUUCGCAGUGAUACGGUUCGAGAGCAUCAUUCACGAGUUCGACCCGUGGUAAGAUCAGAAGAAAGAAUUUGUAUUGAACAGUUUUUUUCCCUUCUUUUUAAUUUCGAUUUCCGAGAUAAAAAUUGAAUUUUCCUCACGAUUUCCUUUAUUACCAAGUCUCGGGAGUGGAUAAAGCAUGGCUCUGCGUGCAUUUGACAAGCCGGUCUUUUGUUUUCAAAUUUUUGACAUUUUGAUCAAAAUUCAAAUUUCAACUGAGUUUAAAUUUAUUUAAUAACUAUCAUUAGCCUAGCGUUAUUCAGUCGGAUGAGUUAACUUAUAAGCGAAUCAACCUUUUUGAUCGGAUUUUUGAGCUCGGUUUGGGAAGGUCAAAAUCAUUUCGUAUUCCUCCUCAAAUUUCGAAUUCAUUUAAGGGCAACAAUUAUUUUGGCCACUAUUUCCGUCUUUUGUUGUCUUGGUUUUAAUGGAUCGGAAAGUGUCAGCUUGAUAAUAAGUAUUUGAGAACAUCUUAAAAUACAGUGUAAUGCUAUAGCCGUGGUGGGGGGUAGUUCUUGUUUGUGGGGAAUUUCAGGUAUGAAAGUGCAAAUAUUAUUUGAAAACACAACUGAUAUUUUCCAUUAAGGGAACACCUUUUUUUCCAGGGUUUGUUUUUUUAUGUGACUUGGGCCUGGCUUCCCAAGCUUCUGAUAAUAUUUUUCCUGAUUCUGUUCUAAUCAAUGGGAUGAUAAUUCUGGAUUUUGUGAAACUACAAACAAUCUUAUCAGUGCAUGCAUUAAAUUGAUCAAUUCUUGGGUUUUUAAUCUUGCAUUUGUGCAAGACAGAUCGAACGGAUAAAUAAAUAUGCAUUUGUCAAUAACGCAUCUAGUUUGAAUAUUUUCAAUAAAUAACUUUGAAAAUAUUUUUUUUUUCUAAUUUAUUUAGUCAGCUGCUCAACGUAAAGGACAUGACCUCCUUAUUUUCUGUUUGUGAAAUGGUUAUUUUGGAUAUUUUUGGCCUUUUUGAAUUAGCAUUUACAUUUAUUUAAUGAGCGCUUAGAACAAGAGGAAGUGGUAGAUGUAAAAACAGAUGUUCUGGCGGUUUGUGUUUUGGCUUUGAAGGAUGUGAUAGAAGAUAGAUACAGAUUGAAUUAACCCUUUAACUCCCAGACCAAGUGUGCGAUUCUCCUUACUGUUAACCAUACUUUUCUUAAAAUGUUGGUUCAGAGAAUUUAGUAUUGGAUCAAUUUACUAUCCCCAAUUGAUAUUUUUCUCUAUUCUCAUCACUUAUCUGUUUGAUAUUGUAUUGAUAUUGUAAGGAGAAAUUCUGUCUUGGUCACUCAUGGAAGUUAAAGGGUUAAGAAAUAACCUGAAUAAAAUACGAGAAAAUUCAUAGCUCUACAAUUUGUUUUACUGGUAGCUUGUAUUUAAUUUUUAUGCAAGCAAAUUUUGCUAAAACAUGGAAAUUAUGAUAAUUGUAACCACAUACAAAUUAUCUUUGUUGACUACUUUUCUUGGAUAUCAGAAUGAACUUAAAAGCAAAUAAUUUCUGACCAAGGUUUGUUAAAAACCUACCUUUUAUUUAUGCUAUCAAAUUUAAAAGGGCAGGUGAAACCUUUUUUUAUGUUAAUUUUUCUCUGUACAAGUAGGAAAUUUAUUAGAAAAGCCAUUUUUUAAAUAACUGAAAUUUCUCACUCAUACAUAUAGAUGCACAUUUCUUAAGUUCUGGGGUUUUAAAAUAAGAGACCACAAAAUAAAGUAACAGGUUUUAGGGAGUAGCCAGCUUUUUGACUUGUUGCAGGCUUGUUUCCUAAGAAAGUUCAAUUUUUGUUUCAAUUUUUGUAAGAGUUGUAUUGUGAAAGUUACAUGCACAAAAAAAUGUUGGAGACCAAGUCUACGGACCUAUUGGCUGGCUAUGUAGCUAGGUUAUAUCUGAUUACAGGCUAGCUUAAAGUGACUCAAACUUAUUAUCUUUUUUCAAUUAAACAGGUUCAAUUAUCGGUCUACACAUCACCUUGUCACUAAUGGGUUUUACAACUUUUUGAACUGGUUCGAUGAAAGAGCUUGGUAUCCACUGGGCAGGAUUGUUGGAGGAACAGUAAGUAAUGCAAAUGGCUCAUUGAUAGAAUGCUCAGAAGAUUUUUAUAUUCAAUUGUCAGGGGUUUCAAUGACGUUUCCCAUUAGUGGCUGUGGAAAGUGUAGUAGGCAGCUGUGCCAUGAAGGGAUUAAACACAAGAGCCUGCCUGCAAGCUAAACAGAUGGCAGAAAGAUGUCUUUUAGGCAGAAGUAGACCUACUGUACAACCACUUUUAUUAAAGCCCCAAGAGUUUCUUAUAGGAGGCCUCAAUCUAGAAUUCAAAGCUAGUUCAGUUACUUGUAGCGGCCAAUGCUCUAAGGUAAAUGUGUGAGGGUGAGGGAGGGGGAGGGGGAGGGGGAGGGUAACCUUAGAUGGAAUAACACCUUAUUAUAGGAGAAGAAGUAGUAUUCCUGGUCACAUUAAUGCAGCAGGGCCUGGCUUUACAAAAAAAAAGGGGGAGCUUUUCCUGUUCCCAGUGCUUCAAGUACCUUUAUUAGUUUAAACCAUGUAAACUUAUAAAGUUUUAGAACUGCCUUGGUGAGGUGUAGUUGCUCUUUGCAUAGAUUUAUGCUGUUACACAAGAAUGGUUUUUCAUCAAGUUUGAAAUGACAGAACUGUUAUACAGAUUUUUACAGGUCAUUGAAAGUUUUCUUUUUUCUUUUCAGGUUUACCCAGGUUUGAUGUUGACUUCAGCAUCUGUCCACUGGGCUCUUAACACACUUAACAUCACAGUACAUAUCAGAGAUGUGUGCGUUUUUCUGGCACCAAUGUUUAGGUAAUUUUAUCUCAAUGAAUAUAAUGGGUAUAUAAUGUUGACUUUUGCGAGACUCUGAGCAUAAAGGAGUAACCACUCUUGCUCAUUAUUUUUAUCUCAUGUAAUAGUUAUGAUGAUACAAAUGUUAUUAUUUUAAAUGGUGACCAACAAUGAAUGAUUAUCUAGAAUAUCAAGAAAGGGAUGCUACUUAAGUCAAUAUCAAAUUCUCAGAACUACAAUACUACAAUUGUAAACAACAUAUGGGGGAAAGUGAAGUGAAAUAACAUUUAGAUCUUAGUGAUUGAUAUUUUCUUUGUCUUGUCUUCAGUGGUCUUACAGCAAUAGCAACUUAUCUCCUGACUAAGGAACUAUGGAAUGAUCGUGCUGGCCUCUUUGCAGCUUGUUUUAUAGCAAUCGGUAAGUCGCAAUAUUUUUGUUGGCUGGUUAUAAUACCUCUAGUGAGGAGUCAAUAGUUAUUAGAACAAGAGCUGUAUGCAUCAAAUGUAUUGUUUUAGUGUGGAUGGAAUGGCUUAGUCUCAUUAACAAAUUCAUUCCAUGUUGAUGCGUGUCUGUUCAGUGAUAAAUCAGAGAUAACAUCAAAAUGUGGUAAGAACAAAAAAGGGCAAAUGAGACGCAACCAUUAUGACACUGUUCUCCUUUUCAGGUGGUAACUGGUAAAAUUUACCUCGUAUAACAACUUUCAUCAGCAUUAAAGUUGCUUGUAAUUCUUGUAAUUCUUGUACAUUCAACUGGUAAAAGGAUUGCUCUACUGGUUGGAAAAUUUAUUUUACCUGUCAUGCUCACAAGAAGGAAGAACACUGUUAUGAUGCUCAGAAAAGCCAAAAUACUUGUAAAUAAGAUUAUAGUGGAAUAAUUAAUCCCUCAUAGUUUACAUCUUUCCUUGUCCCUAACAGGCUUGGAAAAAUACCACAUAACUCACAACAUACCUGCCCCUAUAUUACAAUAUACCAUUCAAUAAGGUGUAUGAAUGUAACAGAAUUCCACCAGUGAUUUAUUUGAAUUUUUUUUUGCCUGUACAUAACAAUGUAUCUCUCUUCUAGUUCCUGGGUACAUUUCUCGCUCAGUGGCAGGAUCUUACGACAAUGAAGGCAUAGCUAUCUUUGCAUUGCAGUUUACAUAUUUUCUAUGGGUGAGUUUUAUAACUUUUUGUAUAGGUUCCAUUUACCCCAGGCUUGAACAAUUUUGAAUUUUGAUUUUAGCCGAGAAGCUUAUUGUAAGUAAGUUUUGCUAACAAGGGUAAUCCCCUGUGUAUUAUUUUUAAAAAAUUUGAAGGAGGGUUCUGUAUUUGAUUUAUGGUUUGCCACAGAGCAGAGCUGCCUUGUCGUUUUGUCUUUCAGAAAGUACCUCAGUAUAUUACAUUUAGACUUUCAGAAAGUACCAAGUGUAUUAGAUUUAAUAUUCUUGGCUUGCAUACUUUUCAUGUGCUGCAAACUGCUGAUGAAAAGUUCUUUUUUUCUUGUAGCUGCAUUUACUGGCACAUUUCAUUUGCUGUAAUGAAGUUUUAAGAUUCUUUUUGCAAAUGUGUCUUUUACAGGUUGUGAAUUUGUGAGAAAAUUUUGCACAUGUUAAUUUCCUUCGUUGAAUUCACUCAGGUGAAGUCUGUUAAGACUGGUUCAGUAUUCUGGGCAGCUUGCACAAGCCUCUCUUACUUCUACAUGGUGAGUAAAAUGAUCAACCCUUUACACCCUAACAUCAGUAUGCAUAUUCUCCAUACUGUUCUCUAUACAUUUCCUAAGGUGCUGACAAGGAGAAUUUGUUUAACAAUCGAGAGCUUCUCUAGUUGGUGAUCAUUUCCUUUAUUCUCAUGACCUUAAUGUGUGAUUCAGAGGUGAUAUUGUGAGAAGAAAUAAGAUUCUAGUGACUCUAAGAGUAAAUAAUCUCUUUUUUUGUAGAGUAGACAGAUACCAUGAAACUACCCUAUUGUUAAGACCACCUCCUCAUAACAACUUCCUUUUUAAAUCCCAAAUGAAGGCACAGUUAUUUCUUUUUUAUGUACUUGUUUUGUAAAACAGUUUGAAUAUGCUCAACUCUCAAUAAACUACCUUUACUUAAAGUUGGUUGGUUUCAAUUACAAAUUUUGGGCACAUGGUGUUUUGUCAUUGGCUGAACAUCUCACCAUUUCCCUCUUGGGUUGAUUUUCUUUCUUUCUUUUUUAACAAUUGCAAUAACUGAAAUAACCUUCCUCUAAUUGUUGCUGCAGUGAUUACCACAAUAUGUUUCAUCACAGGUUAAAAGAGUGGCACAGAUUUAUUGCUUUGCUAAAAGUUAUGGCCAUUUGGCAACAGCUCAUGCACACAAAAAUGACUAUGUAUUUUAAUGCCUACUUGUCUGAUCAUCUGUCAGGUCUCUGCAUGGGGUGGAUAUGUAUUCAUUAUCAAUCUGAUUCCUCUUCACGUGUUCUUCCUUCUUCUGAUGGGAAGAUUUUCAUUCAGGAUCUAUGUUGGUAUGUUUAUUGCUAAUUGCUUAUUUAUACCUCAGCCUGUCUCUCUAAUGAUGUAAACAAACAUGCUCAAACUUCAUUGUAGACAAGUGUUUCUUCCUUUGGGUUUUCCUGAUUGUUAAAGAUAGCAGUUCCCUUUAUUUAAGUAAUCCCCUUGAUAAAGCUAUGAUGUUGUAGGUGCUUUUGGGGAAAACAAUCUAUGAUGUGUUUAAAUAAUUUAAAAAAAUAGAUAUUUUUAAUUGAAAAUCAAUAACUGGAGAGUGAGUCAAUCAGAAAAAUGUGGAAUGGGCCCCAAUUUAAUUACUACACCCACUCCCACUAUCUUUUGUUGAUGCACCUGCCUUGCCCUGUUUUGUUCAAGUGCUUGUCUUAACCCUUUAACUCCUGUGAGUGAUCAACACAGAAUUUCUCCUUACAAUAUCAAUAUAAUAUCAACCAGAUAAGUAAUGAGAAUAAAGAAAAAUGUAAAUUUGGGGAAAAUUAGUUGAUCCAAUACUAAAUUCUCUGAAUUAACAUUAUAAGAAUUGCAUGGUUGACAAUAAAGAGAAUUACAAAUUUGAUCUGGGAGUUAAAGGGUCAAGGUGGUCUAAGCUCUGAAGCAUUUUUGUUCUGACUCUGCCCUGUCUUUGGUGUUGAGUAGGAUGGUGUGGUGCGUCCAAGUAGAUAUUGAAUCUCAUUGCUUGGUAAUGAUAUACCUUAUAAAAUUAUUUUUAUUAAUUAGUUUCACUUUGUUAUUUUUAGCAUACACGACUUUCUUCAUCAUGGGUCUCCUCAUGUCAAUGCAAGUACCUUUUGUCGGCUUUCAGCCAAUACGAACAAGUGAACACAUGGCUGCAGCAGGUGUGUUAUAAGUUAGAGGCUCAGAUAGCUGUCCAAAAUUAUUGACGGGCACUCCAUCUGUGGGGUCAUUCCAAAAAAACAUUACAUCAAAACAAUUGUUCCCACAGACAACAGCUUUCUAGCAUCAGUUGUAUUUUGGUUGAAGAUCACCCUGAAAUAAAUUAUUCCAAAUAAACAACUACAACAAAACAGUAAAUAUGAUAAAUUUUGAGCUCAGUCAGGAAAUAGAGAAAGAGGUUUUUUCAUCUUGUCAUGAGUGUGGGACAAGACCCUCAGACCUUCAGAUUCCACCUUCCAAUGCUCUACCACUGAAUCAAAGAGACUGUAUGGCAAGUAAGGCCAUCAAGAAGUUCUUACAUGACAAGCAUCCUGCAUACUGCUAGGAUCAGCAAUGUCAUUAGUGUCAUGUUUUGAAAAUAGAAAAAGAAAGAUGGUAAGUUUUAAGCUCAGUAAAGAAAUAGAGAAAGAUGUUUUUUCCCUGUCCAAUGCUCGUGACAAGACACUAGUAAGUAAGUAAGUAAAGCCUUUAUUUAAAGAGGGUGGCACUUAAUAGCCAAAGGCUAAUAAACUUGUGGCCCUCACAACUAUUUACAAUCUAAAAUACUGUAAGCUAAAAUAUAUAUAAAUACAGUUAAAAUAUAAAAUAUGACAGGAUUCGAUUAUAAGAUAAAAAUAAAUUAUUAAAUUAUGAAAUGAUGCAAAAAUUGUUGUUCCUUAAAAAUCUUGGCAAACAUGUUCUUUUUAAAAUAUGCUACAGAAUUUAGUUUCCUAAUUUCAAUUGGUGUACUGUUCCACAGUCUUGUUGCCGAAACAGCGAAAAGAGCCGUCCUCCUUCUGUUUUCUCUUUUAUAUUUAGGACAAACAGCAUUAGUGCUUGAAUAUCUAGUGUUGCGGGAGUGCCGCUUAUUAUUUAAAAUUAAGUGUUCAUUUAGAUAAUUCGGCAAAGUCCCAUUAAUUCGCUUAUACAUUAUUGUGCAUUUAUCAAUCUUAUGUUGCUCAUAAAACGGGAUCCAACCUAGCUUGUUAAACAAAGCAACUGAUGGUGUCAUGCGAUCGGCAUAACAAAUAACGCGUGUGCCGCACGUUUUUGCAAUCUUAAGACCCUAUGAACCGACUCUUUAUUGCAAUUUGCCCAAACAACGUUAGCGUAAGACAUAACAGGGCGAAUAAUGCUAUUAUAAAACUGAAGUCGCUGUUUAAGAGGUAGACACGCUCGGAUCUUACGCAAUAUUGCGAUUCUAGAGGCCAACUUUUACAUACUUUCUCAACAUGUUCAUUAAAUGACAAUUUGCUGUCAAUUUCACGCCUAAUAAGGUAGCACAAUCCACAUUACUGAGCUGUUUUCCAUUUACGAUUACAUCUAUGUCACUUCUAUUUAUGUUGGCCACGCGUCUUUUGCCAGUGAUCGUAAGUACUUUAGUCUUGUCUUCAUUUAAUGGGAGCUUAUUCGCUGAAGCCCAUAAUUGAAUUUCAGAGACAGACUUGUUUAGUGAUGAAUUUAAGGUGGCUAAGUCCUUCACAUCCGCAGAAGCGGUGACAGUCGUAUCGUCUGCGUAGAGGUCCAACUGAGCACUUGUAUACAAGGGCAGAUCGUUGAUAAACAAAAUGAAGAAUAAAGGACCCAAAAUACUUCCCUGUGGGACUCCAUGCAACAUCAAAGCUUCGCUUGACUCACUCCCAUUUACACGGACCACUUGCUUUCUUUCCGACAAAUAAGAGUGACACCAGGCAAGCUCCCGGUUUACUAUGCCGUACAGUUCCAACUUGCGCAACAACAGCUUAUGGUCCACCAUGUCGAAAGCCUUACGAUAAUCGACCAGGACCAUGCUGCAAACCUGAUUAUUAUCUAGGCUGAACAAAAGCUCGUCAAUUAACUUGAUUAGGGCAGUCUCGGUACUGUGCAUCCUACGAAACCCAGACUGUCUGGAAUAUAACAAGUUAUUAUCCAUAAGGAAAGCAUAUAGAGAGUUGUGCAUGUGACGUUCGAUUACUUUUUUGACACUACGGUAGCACAGAAAUUGGGCGAUAAUUAGAAGGAUCACUGGCUGCACCUUGUUUGAACAGUGGUGUCACAUUAGCGGUUUUCCAACGAGUAGGAAACUUUCCUGUGGAAAACGACAUGUUGAUAAGCCUUGCUAUGCUUGGAGCUAAAAUGGGAGCGGCAAUACGCAAAAACCUGGCGCUGAUUUUGUCAAUACCUGCAGCCUUAUGAGGACUGAUUCCCUUUAUAAUCUGAAGCACCUGAGCAUAUAACACUGGCAGUUAUUGGGUCACUUGGCCUCUCCGACUUAAACCACACCUCCACCCUCCAUUUUAUCUGUUCUCUUCAAUUAGCUUAUUCCUUUUAAUAAGAGACCAGUUUGUAAAAGGGAGGAUCAACUUUUGUAAAUUUAUAUCACCGUAGAAAGUCAACCACAUUACUGUUUUUAACUUACUCAGCGGAUGAGGGAUUUUUUUAGAAUACCGAAAAGACACUAUUUGCAAUAUAGUAUAUACUAGGUCAAUGAUUUUUUAAAAGUAUUUGUUGUGUUGUUUUUUUUUUUCAAUUAAAUGAUGCCUGUUUUUUCUAGGGACGUUUGCUCUUCUCCAAGCCUAUGCAUUUUUGGUGUAUGUUAGGAGCAAAGUAUCAUGGACUGAUUUCAAGAACAUAUUUGUGUUUGCUGUGGUGGCUGUAGCAGGCUUGGUGUUUGUUGCCGUCAUUUUCCUUACUUAUGCUGGUAUGUAGGCUUACAGUUGUCUGUUUACUCUGAGGAACAGAUGAUGAAUCUGUUAAAUUGCCUGCAUGAUACAUGUUUAAAAUUUUUGUAUGGGAGUUUUCUGUAACUUCCUGAGGAUCACCGGUAUAUUUGAAUCCAAAUCAACUUGUUAACUUCUUCUUUCAACCAGGUUAUGUAGCACCUUGGAGUGGACGUUUUUAUUCUCUGUAUGACACUGGGUAAGCCAAACUGAGAGUAUACUGCAUAGCUUGAAAGUUUUAUGGGUUUUAUGUUUUGCAGAUUUUACAGAUGGUCUUUGAUUCUUUGAAAAAGUUUUCUUUAUAAAAGAGUCAAUGAAAAUGAAAUGCUGCCAAAAAAAUUUUCUUCCUUGAGUUACAUUAAAAACUCCAUGAUUUAAACAAGUGCUAAUCUAUUUUCUUCACCUUCAUCCUUGCUCAAAAUAUCCAUAUAGAGGAAUUUCAAACUGUUUUUUCCAUAAGUGGCUGUCAGUGGUUUAACCCUUUAGCCCUUAAGAGUGACUAACAUCUAAUUGCUCCUUACAAUGUCACCCCAGAAUCUAACAGUAAUGUCAUAAGAAUAUAGGAAAUGAUCACCAACUAAAGAAACUCCUGAUUGUUAGACAAAUUCUCCCAGUCAUUACCUUAGUAAUUGCACAGAGAUAAGUAUGGAGAAUAUGAAUACCGAUGUCAGGGUGUAAAGGUUUUGUGUCAUAAGCCAAAACCCAAACACAAGAGCCUGCUUGACCUUUUUACCCUUUAACCCCUGAGAGUGACAAGCAUCUAAUUCCUCCUUACAAUAUCACUCCCAAAAUCACACAGAAAGGUCACAAGAAAAAAGGAAAUGAUCAGCAAUGAUAGAAGCUCUAGACUGUUAAACAAAUUCUCCUUGUCAGCACCUUAGAAAAUGUAUUAAGAAAAGUAAAUUGAGAAUAUGUCUACUGAUGUUAGGGUGUAAAGGGUUUACAAAUGGUAGUGACGGGUCUUACAGAACGUAGUGUUACAAUGGUAGCAGACUCAGCAUAUAAAACUCAUCUACAUGUAUUGUGAAGCCCUCCUCUGCAGAACUUAACAAAUUAAAAAGUGCUUAAAUGUCACUGAAUUUCUUUCUUUGCUAUUGUUCUACUAUAUGAAUAGAAAGUAAAAAAUAAACAUUUUCAGCAGAAAUUGAGUCUUUUCAAAGGGUGUUUGUAGUGAUGAAAAGAUUUUUAAAUAAUUUUCUCAAUUUCAACUAGGUAUGCAAAGAUUCACAUUCCAAUUAUUGCCUCUGUCUCGGAGCAUCAGCCAACCACAUGGGUGUCAUUCUUCUUCGAUCUCCAUGUCUUAAUCUGUACUUUUCCUGCUGGUCUCUGGUUUGUGAUCAAAAAUAUUAAUGAUGAAAGAGUCUUUGGUGAGUAAAACAUUUUACUUUAACUGAUGUUUUAGUCAAAUCUUUAAGGAUAGAUCAAUGCUGAUUAAUUAUUUGUUCUAUUUAAAAUUGCAGUUUGACUGCUGGGAAACUUACUAACAGCAUUGUUUUUGUUCUGGAUUUUUUCAUUGUUCGGCACAGUUCUGAAAUAUGCAACCUUUGAAAGACUUCAAUUGCCUAUGUGCUGUUGUUAAUACUUACCUUGGUGAUUAAACGUAGAUGUUUGGAUUAGUGAGGCUACUGCAUCAACAACACUAAUGUAACUUUAAGACAAAUCCCAGUUGGCAAUAACUUUGGAAGAAUUCCAUGACAAAUGAAAUGUGUCCAAGAAGACCCAAAAAAAACCUACCCUCUAGGGCUGAUAAGAUCUUGUAGACAAGUUAGCACGACCAACAAUUUUUCAAGUCACUAUUUACAUCUGUUCACAUGCCUGUCAUGCUUUUGUACAGUCUGUCAACAUUUGUGAAACAGAGAGAUGGCUGUCUUGUACCACAAAAGCAUUGCACAGAUAUUGGCAGACUUGGUGUACAAAUAUUACCCACAAAAGCUCAUAGAAAUAAUGGGCUUCAUGGCAUCAGUUUGAUUUUUUUGCUCUAGUUAACCUUCGUAUGCACAAUAUUGCCAUCUUCAUUCUCACUUAUUUUAAGCAUAGCAGCCAAAAGACAUUUUCAAAGUGGUAGAGCACUCUUUUUACUGGUUGAAUUUUCAAGAAUUCCAUGUGAUUUUAGGCAAUAAUAAGAGGUACUUCAGGCAGUAGAUUUAUUUAUCGCCUGAAAAGGAAAACACUGUUUGUAUUAAUUUACUUAUCUCUUUUAUCGACUAAUCUUUCUGCACUUUUUUUGUUUCAGUUUGCCUGUAUGCUACAACAGCUGUGUACUUUGCUGGUGUAAUGGUGCGUCUGAUGUUGACCUUGACACCAGUAGUGUGCAUUCUGGCAGCCAUUGCCUUCUCUGUAACAUUGGACAACUACCUGGUUGAUGAUCGCCCUUCAGAAAACAAAGAUGCGGCAGCUAAACCAACUGAUGGAAACAGUAGCAGUGAAGAGAAUGAUAAGAAAAGGAAAAAAGAUUUGUAUGACAAGGUAAAAUUUCUGUGUAAGAAAUCCUCUGAAGCUGACUUGGAUUUUUGACUUGAAGCUUUGCAGCCUGUUUUUCUGGCUCUGCUUCCUUUUUUCAGUCAAUGAGAAAUAUCGCAUGUGGGCUAAAAUAUUUUUAAUUGUAUUGAUGUUUUUGUGUUAAGAUUCUCUUUUGAACUUCUGCAUCCUUUUUGAGUAUUUUGUGAUGUGUAAAGGAGCAUUUGAUUGAACAAGGUUUUUUUCUUUUUUUAUAGUUGUAGCAUAUGCUACCUGCAUUAUGCAUCUUUACAAUGUUCCUGCUUGGUUCAUUCCAUCUUUAUCUCUAGCCCAAGAAGAAGUCUCAUAGCAGCAAGACUAAGCAAGAAGAGAAGGAGAAGGACGAAGAUGAUGAGGCAAUUGGUGCAAAUCUGAAGGGAAUGGUAGUGAUGUGUACAGUGAUGAUGCUGAUGAUGUUUGCAGUGCAUUGCACGUGGGUGACCAGCAAUGCCUAUUCAAGUCCCUCUGUUGUGUUAGCCUCUACAAACUAUGAUGGGUAAGGCUUAUUAUUGUGGCUUUUUAUUGUCCCUACCAACUGGUACCCAUGUGGGAGGAGAGAGACAAGUGUCUGACCCAAUAACACUUCACAAUGAACUGGCCAGUUCUUGAAAUCUCACCAUAUGACUUGGGAGUCAAGCAUAUUAACCCUUUAGCUCUCAAAAGUGGUUUACAUGAAACUUCUCCUGGCAAUAUCCAUACACUAUCCAACAAACAGGUUAUGAGAUUGCUCAAACUUGUCAUUCAGAGAUUGUUAUCAUGACAUAAUACCAAAUUCUUGUAACUAAAUUUCAAAGAAAUAUGCAACAGCUAGAUGGGAGAAUUAACAAUCAGAUCUUGGGAGUUAAAGGGUUAACUGUUAGGCCAUUGAGGUCUCCCACAUGUGUGAAGGGAGGAAAAUUUUGGCAUUCCUCUUGGACCCCAUCACGGCUCUUUGCAUCAUAUUUUUGUCUCAGACACCUUGGUCCCUCAACAGUUAGGAUGAUACAAUCCUGGCCAAAAGUGCAUGAAACACCUUUGAAAAACACAUGCAAACUCUUUCCAUGACCAUGACAAUUUCCUUUUGAAAGUGACCAACAUCCUCUCCUCCAAAACAAUACUGACAGCAAAUUUAAUAAUCAACCAAGUUAACCCUUUAACCCCAAGGAGAAUCUAGCAUCUAAUUUCUCCUUACAAUAUCACCCUUGAAUCAAACAUUAAGGUCAUGAGAAUCGAGGAAAUGAUCACCAACUAAAGCAGCUCUUGAUUAUUAGACAAAUUCUCCUUGUCAGCACCUUGGGAAAUGUAUAGUGAACAGUAUGGAGAAUAUGGAUAUUGAUGUUAGGGUGUAAAGGGUUAAAAAGGUAAACUGUGCUAGGUAGUGGACAGAUAGGACCACAUGGCAGAAAGGACGUGUCAUUUAUGGGUGGUGUUGCAGAAGUGUUCCAAAAUGUUUGUCCUUGUUUGAAAGUUGUUAAUUAACAUAUAAUUGUCUCUAUUCAGGAGUCGAAACAUUUUGGAUGAUUUCCGAGAGGCAUAUUUCUGGCUUAGACAAAACACAGAUGACAAUGCACGGUAUGUUCUACCUUGGUCUCUUAUUUUUGUGAUAUUAAGAAGUUAGUUUUCCCACAUUACGGCUAUUUUGCUAAGGUACCUGACAUUCAAGUGAAGUAUACUUUCCUCGGAGGGGUGGAAAAGGACCAAAAAUGACGAUAACGCUCUUGGAAGUUUGUGUAACUUGGUACUGUCCUUCUUUCAGGGUCAUGUCUUGGUGGGACUACGGAUAUCAGAUUGCUGGCAUGGCAAAUAGAACAACACUUGUGGACAAUAACACUUGGAAUAACAGUCAUAUAGCUCUGGUACAAGCUUAUUAUCAUUAUUAUUAGUAGUUUUAUUAUUGUUAUUAUUAAUAGUGUAUUGGAAAUGAGUGAUGAGUACUCCUUAUGUUAACUUUUACUAGUAACUCUGUGACACCUAUGAGUGACUCGCAUUUAAUUUCUCCGUACAAUAUCACCCCUGAAUCACACAUUAAGGUCAUGAGACGAAAGGAAAUGAUCACCAACUGGAGAAGCUGUUGAUUGUUAAACAACUUCUCCUUGUUAGCACCUUGGGAAAUGUGUGGAGAACAGUAUGGAGAAUUUGCAUACUGAUGUUAAGGUGUAAAAGGUUAAAUUGAUAACGGGUUUUUUUUCUGCAUUUUGGGAAUGAGGAAUAUUUUCUGAGCAAUUUCGUUUCGUUUUAAGCUUGGAAGGAAUUUUUGUUUUUCAAAAUUCAUCAAGCCUGUAGACCAGUUAACCCUUUCAGUCCUUGGAGUGAUCAAUAGACAUUUUCUCGUUAUGAUAUCAAUACAUAGCCAGGCUAAGAGGUAAUGAGAAGAAAGAAAAUAUCAAGUACAAGAUAUAGCUAGAUUGAACCCCAAAUUCUCAGUGCUAAAAUCAUUAGAAAUGUAUGGCAGAGGUUAGGAGAAUUGAUGUGGGGAUCUAGAGAGAGAAAGAAUUAAACUUUGUUAAGAAUUUUUUGUGUUCGUCCUCUGUCCUUAUGGUCAGUUUUUUAACGACUAUAGCGUCUUGGUAGCGUUCAUAUCGGACGCCGAGCCAAAACCCUUGUCUCCUUGACUUUUUUAACUUUCGUUUGAUUUUCUUUUGUUAAAUUUUCAGGUAGGAAAGGCCAUGUCAUCAAACGAGACAUCAGCUUAUAAGAUAAUGAAGAUGUUGGAUGUGGAUUAUGUCUUGGUUAUAUUCGGUGGUGUGAUUGGUUAUUCUGGCGAUGACAUUAACAAGUUCCUUUGGAUGGUCAGAAUUGCCGAAGGCGAGCACCCUCAAGAAAUCAAGGCUAGUCUAAAUCUGAAAUAUUGACAGUGGCUAUCUUAAAUUUCUUUGUUAUUGCUUAGGAGAAGGAGGAACAUUCGCCUUCAGAUACCUUUUCUUUGACCUUUCAAUUCCCAAAAGUGACUAACGUGUGACUUCUCCCCACAUUUAAUCCAUACGUUAUCCAGCAAACAAGUAAUGAGAAUACUCAAACUUAUCAGAUGUUGUUGUCUUGAUCCAACACCAAGUGAGUUGCAGUGUCUGUCUGUUUGUUUGUUUUUUUUCGGAAGGGGGUGAACUGGACCCCAUAACUCUCCUCUUUUACAAGCCCUUUCCCCCCCGUCCCUUCCCUUACUGCAUUUCUACUACCCUCUCCUCUUUUUACUUGUUUCUUCGAGUUGAUUUCUUGGUAUGUUUGUUUAUAGGAGUCAGAUUACUUCACUCCACAAGGCGAGUUCCGGGUGGACUCGGCUGGGUCUCCAAUCCUUCUCAACUGUCUCAUGUACAAAAUGUGUUAUUAUCGCUUUGGGGAGAUGCAGGUAAACUGUUUAAAUUUGUUGGUGUUGUAAAUGUACAGUUUCGCCAUCUGUUGAUUGACACUGCCAUCAGGAAGGUGCACAGUUUUCUACGUAAAAUAUUCAUAACCGCGAAGAAAGGGAACUUUUACCAAAAUGUUGCGAAUGCGUGACAGAAUGUAUUUGACAAUCGCCAACAUUGCAAGGGUGCGAUGGCCACCCCCUUUUUAAGAUUGACAAUUUUUUUCCUUUCUCUUGAUCUCUAAAUGAAAGAAACUCUUUUUACUAUUUAUUUAACGCAUUUCCUUUUUUUCAUUAUUUUCAGUUGGACUUUCGGUCUCCGUCUGGUUUUGACAGGACUCGUAACGUAGAAAUCGGAAACAAAAACUUUAAUUUAGAACAUUUAGAGGAAGCUUUCACUUCCGAGCAUUGGUUAGUUAGGAUUUACAAGUAAGUUUGUAAGUAAGUAAGUUUGUAAGUAAGAUUGUUCAUUUUUAUUUAGUUUCAAGUAAUUUUCUUCUUAACUUCUUUCCAUCAAGUUUCAGAGGCAGGUUCGGUUUUGUUAGGUUGAUUCAGUUGAGCGUAUUUCCACUGAGUGUGGUAAACAAAAACCAUAGUAAUCACAGCAGCCAAUUAGAGCAUAGGAAAAUAUCACAUGAAGCCAAUUGAAACUAAAAACUAGCAAACUGAAAAAAAAAAAAAAAACGAGAAAACGUGGGUGAUCAAGGAACGAUUGGUCUUAGUUUUGCUUCUGAUUGGUUGAGAAGGUGGCGCGAGUUGUCUACAGACCAAUCACAGAGCGAAGUGAAGCAACACCAAUCUAGUUCUCGAUUAAAUGUCUUUUAGUUGCCAUGAAAUUACUGUAGACGUUGAGAGCUUUCAGUGAAGUUUGUUUUUCCUUUUCAACUGAUGUAAGUGUAUGUCUCUUUACAUUAAGUUGUAUCUACUUAACUGAGUGAUCACACAAUUUUUUUUGGUAUGACCAGGGUUAAAGAUUAUGCAAAUCGAGUCAAGAGCAAAGUACCUCUGAGGACAACAAAUUUAAAACCUAAAACCAAAUAUAUUCCGAGAAGGGUAAGUACUACUUACAGACCUUCCUAUGGUUCAUCUCGUGAUAAAUAUUUUUCCAGAUCUUUUUGAGAUAUGACGGUUCACACCCCUUUAGCCUUUGUUAUAAUCUUUAUGCGCAUCGAGAAAGUCCUCUUCCUUUUUCUGCAGUUUUCAUCGGUUUACUUCUUCCCACGGCUCUCGUUGACUUGUGAGUGACUCCGCUUUUACGUAGAUAUCAGCGAGUCCUUGAAGGAUACCGGUCGCCUGUUCCUGCACAAAGAAUUGGUACCAGUUCUCUCAAAAAAUUUGCACGUAAAUCGGUCCUCGUAGCUCGCAGUUACUUCAAGCUUCGCUCUGAGAAAACUGCUACGCCUCUCGCAAUAGUGAGUUCACGGAAAAUUUUUCGAGCACUUGGAGAUGUGUAUUCUGCGAACGAGUAAACCGCAAUACUGCACAGUUUUUCUGUAAGCACACUAUACCACCUUGUUUUUUUCUUCUCCUUUUACAGAAUAAUAGGAGGGGACACAUCAAAGAUAAACUUAACGUAAUUCAAGGAAAGAGAGUUCAACGAAAAGGGAAGAAGAAGACGACAAAAGCUAAGAAAGCCAAGAAGAGCACAUGAGCGGCAAGUGACGACGUCAUGUGAAACACGAUAAACGUUCUCCGCCACGUGCAAGAAUCAUUGUGUUUAUUCCAUUCGUAGACAAACCUUUAGCAACUCCAGUUUUUCGAGUAGUUGAAAUGUUUUAGGACCGAUAACUGGAAGUCUUGUCUUUAAAGUCAUUGGUUAAUUUUUAAGUUUUUCCGAGAUGAAGGUAAUUUUUGACUGUGUAACUUAAACUUAUAAGGGUUCUUCGCAGCUUCAUUUGACGGCAUUGAGAUUUGACACAAAAGUUACUAGUUCAAAGGUAACUUAACUUGGUGGAGAACUGCUUUGACUUCGAUACCUCCGUGUGCUUUACUUUUGGAUGUUUUCGUUCAAAAGUGGCAGCAUUGUGAUCCUAAUGUUUUUAAUUAUUACUAGUUUUUCCAAUUUAAAAGUCCAUCUCGUUUGCUCUUCGGUGAAAUAAAUUUAAUUUUGAAAUAUCCCGUUAAACCAACCGUUGUAAAAUAAAACAACUAUUUCAACCG